GAUAAUGAAAAUGAUGAUUAUGUUGUUACAAUUGGGAUGGAUAAUGUACAUGCAUCAUCAGAUGGUUUUGGUGCCAUGUGCCAUGAGGCACCAGCAGCGCCCCAUGCUGGUACCCAUGCCGCUGACUCGGCUUGGCUACAACAAAGCCCAAUCUCACCCACCCACCCACCAUACCACCCUCAACCACAAACCCCACAACCACAAACCUCCACAACCACCUGUCAAUAUCCAGUACCCACCAGCAGAUCGCAUCUGGGAUUGGCAGCAAGGUGCCAAUUUUGCUCCCAGUCCCCAUCACUUUGAUGAGGGUCAGAGUGGAAUAUGGUCAACUUGUACACUUGAGAACAAUGCCACUGAACUGGAAUGUUUCAAGUUAUUCUUUGAUGAACCUCUGAUGGAAAUUAUUGUCAGGGGAAGCAACCCAUACUUCGAUUACACAAUGGCAAACACAGUUCUUUCACAAAGAUCACGCCUACACCUGUGGAAGGAGACAACUGUGGCUGAGAUGUAUAUUUUCUUUGCCUCAAUAAUGCUUAUGCCACAUGUGUAUAAACACUGUGUCAAACCAUAUUGGUCGAGAGACCGCCUGAUUUCAACUACAGCUUUCAGUGAUAUAAUACCAGUGAAUCAAUUUGUGCUACUAUUAUGUACCUCAUUGCAGUUUCUCUCUGGCAUGCGGUCAGCUGUGUCUCCAACUGGGCCACCAUGCAUGGGUUUAAAUUUUCCAGGACUAAAACUCGCCAAAUUACUUUCACUAGACAUUCUGUCAUCUCUGAU